AUGCUGUGGUUAAUGGUUGCGAUGGCACUGUUUGUUCUUGUUCCCGUGUCUUUGAAUUCAAUCAUUUUAAAACAAGAAGAUAUAUUUUUAAGAAACCUGGGCUUAUCCUCCAAGCCUAACCCGGUAUCUCCUCCUCCUAUUCCACCAAUCCUAUGGAAGAUCUUCAAUCAAAGGUUGGGAAUUGGUAGACACAAAAAGAAGCCUAAUAUGUGUUUUGUGGAGGAGUUAAAUGUCCCUGGCAGUACAAUCAGAGUAUUCCCUGAUAAUGGUCGACAAGUCAUCUCUGAUAGCGCAAAAGCAGCCCCACCUCUCUGCUUGCAAAAGAGGCUUUUCUUUAAUGUGUCUGUGAUGGAAAAAGUGGAGAAAGUGACCUUGAGCCAGCUGGAGGUGCAUUUCAGACAGCACAUGCAUCAUGGUAAAGUAUUUGACCUACGUCUCUACCAGAUCCUAAAGGUUCCUUUCAAAGGCGUGGAAAGAUACGAACCCAAAAGGCACAUCAGGAAGCUUUUGAAGAUGCAAACCUUCAGUCUCCCCCGUAGAAACCUCUACAUCAACUUGACAGAGGUUUGCGAUAGUUGGAGAGACACUAACACAAAUCUGGGUCUUGAUUUAGAGAUUUUUCCACAGAAGGGUGGUUCCUUGGUACCUACUUCCUUAGAAGACUGUAAGGGCAACCACCCCUUUGCCUAUACCACCCUGCUCACCGUGACCCUCAAUUCUCUGCACUGCAAGAAGAUCCGGAAGAAGAGGAGUUAUGGCAAAAUCCCCUCAACCUCUGGUGAUCUUUGCAAGAAAAGCUGCUUCUAUGUUAAAUUUAAGGACGUGGGAUGGCAGAAUUGGGUUGUUGCCCCAAGUGGUUACAUGGCCAACUACUGCCAUGGUAAUUGUCCUUUCUCCGAGAGAAAUGUUCAAAAUCUAUCACGCUACCCCAAUAUUCAGAAUAAGAUCCACUCAAAGGCGCAAAACUCUCCCUUGUGCCACUGCGCGCCAAUAAAGAUGUCCCCUGUGCCAAUGUUGUUUUACGAUAAUGAAGACAAUGUGGUAUUAGGACAAUAUGAAAAUCUGGUAGUGGAUGAGUGUGGCUGCAGGUGA